AUGAAUCGGCACGAAGAAGAAACGCGGCGGAUGGAAAGGCAGAUAUCAGAGACAAUAGAGGCUCUCACGUCGAUCAGGAGCACGAGUAGUACGCGGACGGCGCAGCUGAUAGCGCUCGAGCGGAAUCUAGCGAGUUUGGUAGUGAAAGGGAAAGCGAGUGAAGCGGAGUUUGAAAGGAGAAUGCGAGGAAUGCGCUGUUUAUUGGAGAAGCUAUCAACAGUGUUGAUAAGCCAUUUGCGCGCAUUUACACGCGAUAUACCCGCAGAGAGUAGCACAGAGAUAUCGAUCACGCUCUCAAUCUUGCAGGGGCUCUCGCUGCUUAAUGGGCAGUGCAAGAGGGGGCUAUCAACGACGGCGGCGAUGGAAAUACUUUUCGAGCUGCUGAAUGUUAGCGUAGUGGGAUCGCAUUCUGUGGAUACUACUCUCGUUGCUGCAGACGUACUCGAUGCGUUACUGUGCGUUAUCGCAGGUAGCACCACGGCUAUACGCACGCUUGAGCAUCUUAGAGGAUUGGAAUGCAUUGUGCGUGUCCUGCGUCGCAAAGGCGUGGAUGCGGCAGUCAGAGUCAAGUCGCUCGAACUGCUCUACUUCUACCUCCUCCCCGAGAAGAGUGAGACGGGUGAAAAACAAGAUGACCAGCCUAUCAACAAGGCAAUCGAGCAUAUCAGCGACGUGCCAUACUCGCCCAAAUCGCCGCUUAAGAAACACAAAUCGAGCUACUCUAUCGAUGCUGGUCGGCGGCCAUCGAGGCUGCGCUAUAUAUCAUAUGGCGGCGGUGGAGGAGUUACUGGCGGUAGUAGUGGCAGCGGCAGUGCAGAUGAGGGCAGAGAAGGGAGAGAGAACAGACGUAAGCUCGCACCGACGCACACGCGCUCGCAUUCUGAUCUCAAAGUUGGUGGGCGUAUGGAGAAGAUGGAGGAUAUACCACCAGUACCGCCAAUACCGAUGGCGCACAAUGACAGCCUGCAAGUGACGCAGCAGCAACAGCCGCUGCCCAAGACACCUGAAAAGAAACGCUCAGUGCCGUCGUCGCGGAUGGGUACACCGGUGAGUGGACAGGCACAGGCACAGGGACCGCGCACACCUCGCACACCGCGCGUCAAUGGAGAAGUGCGUAUACCGCCACCAACGACACAAGACAGUACGCGUAGCGUCGAUGAGAAGAAGAUAAUACUCGGCAACUGGCUGGGUAAUGUGGAUGCGUUGGUGCGAGGGAUGCGAGAAGCGGGAGUAUGGCAAAGUUGA